CGGCUUUUAACCCGAUAACGAUUAUUCGUUUGUAAUAAACAAUAAAAAAUAAAUAAAUAAAUACGGGAUAGCCACGGUUUCUGGAGCGAGUGUUAGUAUGCUGGCUUAUUCGGGGCACAUAAUGACGCUAGCCAAUAGCAUCAUUGGCGUGGGAAUACUAGCAAUGCCGUUUUGUUUUCAAAAGUGCGGCAUUGUACUUUCUGUUCUGUUGCUCAUCAUCAGUAAUUGGAUUACUCGCUUAUCUUGUCAUUACCUUAUAAAAUCAUCACUGCUGACACGACGCAAAAGCUUUGAGUUUUUGGGUUUUCAUGCAUUCGGCGCUUCGGGCAAGCUACUAGCUGAGCUAUGUAUUAUCGGAUAUCUCUUCGGCACAUCCGUAACAUACUUCGUUGUGAUGGGCGAUUUAGGGCCGCAAAUUGCCACAAAGAUGUUUUCACUCAACACUUCCGAAUUUCCACAUCUCCGAACUUGGGUGAUGAUCGGUGUAACACUCUUCUGUAUACUGCCAUUGGCUAUGUUGAAAAAUGUGGAUAGCCUUUCGACAGUGUGCGCUGCAUCGAUAGGAUUUUAUAUCUGUUUGGUCGUAAAGAUUGUGUUGGAGUCCGAGGCGCACAUUGUGACGCAUGAUUGGGUCGACAAAGUGGAAUAUUGGCGUCCAGCUGGCAUCUUACAAUGUUUACCCAUUUUUAGUAUGGCGCUGUCAUGCCAAAUGCAACUUUUUGAGGUGUUCGAGAGCAUCAAUAAUCAGAGCGUCGAAAAAUUGAAUGGAAUUGUACGAAACGCAACAUGGAUUUGCACUUUUGUGUAUAUAGCUGUUGGAUUUUUUGGCUAUGUGGCCUUCUGCACUCAAACAUUUUCGGGCAAUAUUUUGAUGAACUUCUCGCCCUCCUUUGGCAGCGAUGUUAUCAAAAUUGGCUUCGUGUUGUCGGUUGCAUUCAGCUUUCCACUUGUUGUGUUCCCUUGUCGCGCUAGUAUUUACUCACUUCUCUAUCGUAAGGGCCACACUGACAACACCGGCUAUAUUCCAGACAACCGUUUUAAGGUGAUCACUACCUGUCUUGUUGGUUGUGCACUUUGCAUCGCUCUAAUGAUACCCUCGGUGGAGUUGAUUAUCGGCUUAGUGGGUUCCACAAUCGGCGUUGCCAUUUGCAUAUUGUUUCCGGCAUUCUGUUUUCGGAAAAUUGUCAAAAAGGACUCUACCGAGCGUUCUUUGGCGCAGUUCAUAUUCAUUAGCGGCUUUUGCCUAAUGGUUUUGGGUACUUAUGCUAAUUUAAACGCAAUUGAUGAACGACGAUCUGGUGCGCAUUUGCAUGUGUCAGAAGAGCUGGAAAAUUCGAAUUUCGCGAGACCAACGGAAAAAGUGAAUGUGAAAUCACAAGACGCUAUUGCACCCUUUCAACAGCAAAUAGGGAAAAUAAAAUCAGAAAACCAAUUUGGUGAAUUGAAGUUUAAAGAAAAUGAUUUGGGGCUCAAUGCAAAUCAGGUAAUUGAAAACAAGCCGGACGUUUUGAUGAAUGCAACACCUGCGCGGCCGGUUCCGCCGUUACCUGUACAGGAUAUUCAUAAGGAAGAAGGCAAACCAAAAGCGAAUAUGGUAGCUGAAAAGCAAGAAAGUAGCUUCAACGUGAAUUCAGUCAACCCAGAGGCGAUAAUAAAUGUUGAGUCGAAAAAAAAUGUAGUCGACGUGCAUAAAGUGGACAAAAAUAAAGAAGGCGAAAAGGAAUCUGCUGCAUCGAUUCUACCUAAUCAACAAGCGGCGCAACUGCAAAACAUUCCUCCACAACUGCAAAGCUCGCGGCCAAAUCAAAAACAGCAAACAAUAGAUAAGGAUGCUAUAAAGAAGGAAGAAGAAAUUGCAGCCGAAGAGUUGAAAAAUGGCCAAAAAGCGCCGAAAAGCAGCAAUGAUGUCGAACUUAAGGAAACGCGAAAAGAAUUGAAAAAGACAAAGGAAUUGCUGGAGCGCACUGUUGAUGAACUAAAACAAGAAUUGGCUAAACAGAAUGAAGAAACACAUAACAUGGUUGUUGAAAAGUUGGAGGAAGUAGUGCAAAAAGUUGAGCAAAUCGAAAAGCAGGUCCAGCAUAAUAAUCCCGCGCAAGCACCCACGCAGGUCAAUAAAGACAGUAAGGGCAUUUUGCCACAAAAGCCAAAAAAUGGGCCAAAAGAAAUUGCAGUGCCACCUACAAACAAUGGGGAUCCACCUAAGCCAGAAAAGAUUCAAAACCGCCUGGAUGAGAAACCAUCACUUCUGAGUAUACUUUCUGAGCAGCCAGCAGAAACGCGCGACACACAGCAGGUUUAUGAGCCGCUCUCCUACAAAACUGGGGAACUGAUUGAGCAAGUAAAGAAUGGCAGCAAAGCGGAACUACCAUUGCCACUUCCCUUGGCCGUAUUGAUUAACGCGUCAAAUAUUAAAACAAAUAACAAGUCAAAUAUACAUGUCCGACCAGUAGCCGAUAAGUCUAUUAGCAUUCCUCCACAUACCGCCGAUAAUACUAGCAUACCCAUUAAGACUGACAACUCAACACUAAUAAAAUCAAAUGAUCCACCGAUGGCACGUUUUGGCCAAACACCUAUUGAAGAAGAGAAAGAGAAUGUAGAGGCUAUACGGCGAGAUAUACUCCAGUUGAAUUCCGAACGAAUGAAAGACAUUCCAUCCUUAGUUUUAUCAAGAAACGAAACAGAACAUGACGCUGACUUGGCUGAGGCAAAUGCGCAUCAUUUGAGGCAAAAACGCUCGAAUACAAAAUUGAAUGCGCCUAAUUUUGAGUCAAGCAGUGCGAAAUCGCAAAGCAAUAAUUAUUUGAGCGAGCCAAAUACGGAGCAAUUACUAGCACACGGAGGAAUAAGUAAUGCAAUCAAUUUUAAAAUUCAAAAUAUCGGACGAGAGCUGAGAUCAGUCAAAGAGGACAAUGAAGUGAAGCAUUAAAAUGGAGGCUGGCAUGGAAGAAAACCGCUCAAGUACUCAUCAUUUUGACUAUGUUUCAACAUGCUGUUAUGGCUCUUUAUUUCUGAGGUGAAGCCAAGCUACGACAUAUAUUUACACAUAUAUGUACCUCUAUAUACUGCGUGAAUGUAUUUAUGUACAUAUGUAAUUAUGUGCUGUUAGCUCAUUAUGUAUAGAUGACUCAAAUCCAUUAUAUGCUUAAAACAUUCCUACCGAACUCUUAAACUUUUCUCGUAGAUUUCCGUGUACCAAGCCGUCACUUUUGCUCUGAGUGCAUAUACUUAUACAUAUACGAGUACAUACACAUGUUCAUAUUUUUAAAUAUGUUAAUGUUUGUACGCAUGUUGACAAGACUUGAUAAAAUAAAUAUUUAUUUAUUUAUAUA